AUGAGUGUAGGAAUCGACACAUUGGAAAGAGUCAAGUCUCAGCUUAAAGAACUAAAGGAUCUAGGCAACAACGUCAAUCUAGACCUCUACCAACACUUGACUGAGGUCUUCAAUAGGAUUAUGCUCCACCAUCAGCAAGAUGGAUAUCAAAGAUUCGAAGAGAUCUCACAUCUAGUUAAAUAAACUCAUUUGAAAAUAAAAGACCCAGCAUAUGAUUAUGAAGUAAAUGCUCAACAAUCCGAAUAAAACGAUCCUCAAAGAGCUCAAUGGAUCUAAAAGAGCAAAAAUCUGUUGAAGGAGAUCGUAGAUCAACUUCCAAGAGAUGAGAGAGAUCUUCUAACUAAAGAUAAAACUUUCAUUAUUCCAAAUAUUCCAGAAGAGCAAAGAAUGUUUGAAUGGGCUGGAAUCGUUUUUGGUGAAGAAUUAACUGCAAAGUUGACCAAAGCUAUAAAGAGAUUAGCAGUUUUAAGUGGUGCCUCUUAAUUAAGAUUCUGGGGUAAAGUCUAUGGCAUUCAAAAGGACUACUGGGUUGCUGAAGGAAUUCUUGACACUCAAGAAGAAGGAAAACAAAGCAUGAACUAAGAAAAAAGAGGAGAAGGUAUCAAUAAAUUAGUUUAUUGGGUAAAUGAUAACUUACUUGAGGAUUGGGUUCAAUUACCAGAUUUACUACCUGAGCAUGUUCAGGUUGCAAGGAUGAUGAAGCAUGUUUUGACUGGAAACUUAAAUGCUCAAAUUGACUCUUGCCCACCCUUCCCAGGCAAAGAAAGACACUAUCUUAGAGCUUAGAUUGGCAGAAUUUCUCAUGCAACAACAAUUGUUCCAAAAGAUUUGUGGUCUGUAGACGAGGAGACCACAAAAGAUAAAGCUUCUGAGGAAUUCACAAUGCCAGGAACUGAAGAAUUAAAAAAUCUAGAGGGCUGGUGCCAUCUUCAUCCAAUAAUUUUAAAGGCUGGCAGAGUUAGUCAUUUUGCAGGUGAAGGUUUGGCUGACGAGGAGAGAGAUGAAAUUUUGGCUAAACUAAAUGAAAAAGAUCCAGCAGGUGAAAGAUUCAAAGCCAUCAAUGACGAUGCAGCAGUAGAGGGCUAUAAAUCAGCUUGGAUCUCUAAGGUUAUUGGAGAUGCUUAACCAUUUGCUCAAGCACCACCAAAAGAAGGAACAACUACUUAUGCUGCUAAUGUCUUAAAAUCUUUGAGAUGGCCUGGAGCUGUGACUGUUGCCCAGAAUGGAAAAUUCCAGUCAAUUUAUGUCGGCUACGGAUAAAAAAGAGGAGAUGUCUGCUUUAACCCAACUGAACCACCCGAAGUACAAAAAGACCCAAUCGAUCAAACAGAGCAGCCAGAGCCAACUCCACUUCAUGCUCCAAAGGUAGUCCCAGUUUAAUAAGAGGAGGUUAAGCCAGAAGAGGACGAGGAAUGA